AUGAAAGAAGUUUAUGGUGAUGAUGCACCUUCAAAUGACAUAGUCAAGCACUCACAUCGCCAGUUCAAAUGUGGUCGCACAUCAGUGAAAAUUGCUCCUAUCCCUGGAUGGCCAUAUUCUGACAUCGAUGACAACACCAUCCAUAAAGUGGAAGCUGCUAUUUUGGAGGAUUGUGGCAUAACUAUUCAACAACUUGCCCGAGAAGUGAAGAUAAAUGUAGGGUCCAUGGAAAAAAUUAUUCACGACCAUUUGCCCAUGCAGAAGUUGUUUCCACGAUGGAUUCCCUUGAUAUUCACACCUUUUCAGAAGCAGGAACAAGUCAAUUGCUCCUAG